AUGUCGCGGAUCCCACACCGGACUAAGCUCAUUUUGAUUUCCGGGGACAAACACCAGGCCCAUAGCGCCACGGCCGAAACCUCCUCCGCCUUCACCGAAGAAUUCCCUCUUGACAAUGACACGCAUGAGAGAUCACAACUGGAAGAACAUGUCCGAGAGUUGACGGGGUUUGUCGCAAGCCCUGAGCGGCCAGCACGGACUCAACCAUCACACGAGGUCAGCGCAACUCGCGCACCGUGUCCAGACGAUCGUUCGAAAGGGGCUCUUUCACAUCAGCGCGACGUCGAGUGGUUGCAAAAUCGAGUCAAAUCUUUGGAGGCGAGCGUGCAGCAGUACCAGGAAGAAGAUGAGCAAUUCCGAUACCUCUACGAUGGGAUGGUCAAAGAAAAUGUUGCGCUCGAGGAACGUUGUGCUGCCCUGGCUUCGGAGCGUGACUUCUUCGCGGCCAAGUACAGUGAGCUUCUGUCGGAGCGCUUCAAUGCACAACUCCCUGGCCUCUGGGUGACUCAGGCGAAGUUGAAGAGUGCAUUCACAGACCUCUGCCACCAUGUCUCUGCCUGGUGCGACGAUGCAGCCUACCAAGCGGUAAAGAUGCAAGUUGGUAACAACCAAGGAGAAAACUUAGCCGAGCUGCUUGCCCUCUCUCGCGCUUUCAGCGUCCCAUUGUCGCGAAAAGGGCUUGCUGCAGUGCUGAUGAGCAGGAUACACCACGAGAUCAUGCUCAGAGUGUUCCCAAUUCCUGACGAUUCAGGAGGGAAAGACCCCAACGAUCUUUGGGCCAGCCAACAGGAUGCCGAAUGGCUUCGUGUAGUCUUGAGAGACCUGGUUGCACAAGGAAUCCCUCCUGACGAGGUGCGCCGCUGGAAGUGCUUGACCACCACUGCUAUUGCUCCCCACAGCUUCGAAACCAGUAAGAGAUCAAGACAUUUCGCUAGGUCACUAUGGAGGCAUGUCAUAUCCAUGGUGAAAGGUGACACAAGCGCUCUGGAGUCACAGCUGUUUACCAGGCUGGAAGUUGAAAUUGUCGUCAAGGCCGUCGAGAUAUCGAGGUUGAUGCGCAAGUGCCAAAGCUCUGUCCAAGUCCGGUGGCCAGUCAAGCUCAAGAGCACGUCAUGUCGAGCAAUUGAGGAUGGGACACUGAUUUGCGAAGUGCUCACAUCCCCAGAGUUGGUGACAGUUUCGGCUGGGGGCUCGACAGCAGGCGCAGAGGAGAACGUUCUCGUACCGCACAGCGUGUUCAGGAUCGAAGGGAUUACUGCGAACGACAGUAAUGGAGCUGGAAAGACUUUGAAAAAUUGA